AUGGAUAUCUCCAGAUAUGCAGUAGGGCCAGAAUCUUAUGAUAAAUUAUCUACCUACCAAAUAUCGCAAUUUUUCGAACGACAUAAGCGUGCGAAAAGGAAUGGCUUCAACAGCCAUGCUGCUGAUAUUUUAGCUAGUACCGUCUCCCCUACACCAAUGCAAGGUGGGAGCAGCUAUACUGUGAAAGCUGACUCUAACCGAGUGCAUAAGGUGGUCCAGUUCCGAUAUGAAAAGUUGGAUAUGAAGGCGAUAGAACAAGCGAGACAAUCAUAUCCAGACUUUAUUCCUGUAUGCGAAUCACACAGCGUAUACGGUGACGUCUUCGUGUAUGUGUGGAAUCUUGUUCCCGGUCCGGCUUUUUGUCGAGUUCGGCGUCAAUUUCUAGCCCCCGGAAUGGAACAACAAUUGCGUAGGACCGUGCAAGACUUCGCCAAAUUCUUCGCUUCAGCUUGGAUUAAUAGGCCAAUUGUUGAGAAACCUCUUGAUUUAUUUGAGGAGUACUCCGAUAUCAUUGACCAGCUUUAUCAGCGCCUGCCCAUACGAUUCCAGCCGAAAUUAGACGAGAUUCGUCGUGGACUCCCACUCUUAUUUCGGCCCAGCUAUCCCGUAGUUAUCCAACAUGAUGACCUCCUAGAAAACAACAUCCACGUGGAUGAAGCUUCUGGUCACAUUACAGGAAUUGUCGAUUGGGCCAGUCCCAUAGUUGCUCCAUUUGGUGUCUCCCUUGGUGGUCUUGAGACUAUACUUGGAGUUCAAACCUCGGCGAAGUGGCACUUUCAUCCUAAUCAUAUGGAACUCCGUAAACAUUUUUGGAAUACCCUGUAUGAGGAAAUUGGUCAGGUAUCGGAAGAUGAUCGAUGUUCUAUUGAAAUCGCGAGAUUGUUUGGAUUAUUCCGAACUUAUGGUUUCGACGAUAAGUUGGGGAUUAUCAAUCUCGAAGCAUUUUGCGUCUCGAAAUCAGAAUCGGAGUCUAUUUAA